CAAAACAGGAAGUGUCUGUCUUCUGGCGCGAAAUUCACUAAAGCAUAUCUGCGUUGUUCCUAGGUUCUGUUGGAUGUCCAGUGUUCAAUGUAGUUAAAACGAAUUGCAAGCGGGGGUAAAACCUUUAUUUGUGCACUUUGUAAGAGUCAAAUUGUUAUCAAAUUUAACAUUUCGCUGCAGUAACAGUAAGUCUGUUGUGAUUGCGGUCCCCUGCUUUCUCAAGGGAACUGUAGCCUUAAAUUCACCAGUCAGCUCUGUAUGUAUAAUGUGUUUAUCAUGACGGCUGAAAUAGAGAAAAUCAUCUCACUGUCAGAUGGAGACAGUACCGCUGAACUUCAGAAAUACCUGUCCUCCUUUACAAAUGAUCGGCUAAUCACAGUGAUUACCAAUAGUGCACUGAAGGGUAAGAAGGUCGGUGCUAUGAUUAAAGGCAUAUUUAAAGGCUCUCCACCCAGUUGUACUGAAGGGUCAAACCGCAGACUACUUGUGUAUCAACACUGCAUCCCACUGUGUGAGUCUGGGGACCUUCAAACGGAGGUGGCUGCUGAUAUCAUUGGACUGCUGAUGCUGGAGACACGUACGCUGUCUGGGCCCUCUCUUGCACAACUGGCAUCUCUUUUUGUUGAAGCCAUUAAGAUGGGGAAAAUGAGCAGUGGGAAAUCCCUGGAGUUAUUUCCUACAGUGCUUACUGCCCUUGCAGCCUGUGAUGCCUUGUCUUAUGGCAAAGGGGAACUCAGUGGUGAGGAAUACAAGAAGCAGCUGAUCAACAGCCUUUGCUCCAGCAGGUGGGACCCACAGUGUGUUAUUCACCUGACAACCAUGUUCAGGGAUGUGCCCCUGUCAUCGGAGGAGCUGCAGUUCCUGGUGGAGAAAGUACUGAGGAUGUUCACCAAACUGGAUCUGCAGGAGAUUCCACCUCUGGUUUACCAGCUGCUGCUUUUGUCUGCAAAGGGUUGUAAGAAACAGGUCCUUGAUGGAGUCAUCAAUUACUUUAAGAAACAAGAUGUUCGCCAGAAAGAAGAGCAGAAAGAUGCAGACAGUCUGGAUCUAGAGGUUCAGUCUAUUCCGCAGGACCGGUUGAGGCAUGUGGAGGGUACAGCCAUCCUUCACAUGGUCUUUUCUAUAAGACUUGACCAUGAACUUGGGAGAGAAUUCCUUAAAAGCUUUAAGACGUCAUAUGGGGACCUUUGUCCUUUUAGUGUUGCACUACUGCUCUCAGUGACACGUAUCCAGCGUUAUGAAGAACAGGUGUUUGACAUUCUAAAGGGAGCAGUCAUCAAGAGCUUCAAAGAUGAGCAGCUGCAGCAGGGCUCAAGGUUCCUGCAGGACCUCCUGCCUGGCCACUGCAGUGUGGCUCAUAUGAUACUGGACACCAUCAAGAACAGUGUGUUUGGUUGGGAUCAUGUCACCCAGGGGUUAGUUCAACUGGGCUUUUUUCUUAUGGACACAUUUGGACCCAAACCUGGACCAUUUGGCAAAACCACAGAGGGGUCUGCUAACAUAGCACGGACCCCCACUCAGCAGGCAUGUAAGCUGGGAGGUCAGGUGCUUCUCCAGGGUUUUAAGAUGCAUGAGCCUAUCAGAGGUGAGAUACUGGAGCAAGUCUUGAAUCGCCUGGUCACAAAGACGGCCUCACCUGUCAGUCAUUACUUAGAUCUUUUCUCCGACAUUGUGAUUUCUGCUCCUAUGAUCCUCCUGGAGUCAUCCUCCAAAGUGACAGAGACAUUUGACCACCUGUCAUACUUGCCCUUGGCCACUGUUCAGGGUCUACUAAAAGCUGUCCAGCCCCUGCUCAAGGUCAGCAUGUCCUUGAAAGAUGCUUUGAUUCUAGUUCUCCGCAAGGCCAUGUUUUCCAGCCAACUGGAUGGCAGGAAGUCUGCGGUGACUGGCUUCUUGUUGCUGCUGAAGAACUUCAAAGUGUUGGGCAGCUUGGCCUCAAGCCAGUGUAGCCAGACAAUCUCCUCCAGCCAGAUCCAAGUGGACGUUCAUUCUCGUUAUAAUUCUGCUGCCAAUGAAGCAUUCUGUUUGGAGAUCCUCAGCAGCCUGCGCCGUUGCCUAGGCCAGCAGGCUGAUGUGCGCCUUAUGCUUUAUGAGGGCUUCUAUGAUGUCCUCCGUCGUAACUCCCAACUUGCAAGCUCCAUCAUGCAGACCCUCUUCUCACAGCUGAGGCGGUACUAUGAGCCUGAUCCAGACCUCCUUCCCCCUGUGAAGCUGGAGCCGUGCAUCACAGCUCAUGGAGACCAAGUCUACCUCCAGGAGCCACUGGGCCAUCUGUUGAGCUAUACUGUACAUUGCCUGCUGUGGCUGCAGAACAUGCGCCGAUCAGCCAACUGCAACGCUGACAACAGUGACGACGAGGAAGAGGAGGAGGGAUACCAGUCUGAACUACAGACAAUUCUAGAGAGCAUGACAAGACGCAUAAUCAAGAGUGAACUGGAGGACUUUGAACUGGACAAGUCUGCAGAGUUCUCAGUGGGAUCCAGCGUUGGGGUAAGGAAUAAUAUCUUCGCUGUGCUGGUGAUAGGAGUAUAUGAGGUCCUCAUGGAGUACAACUUCAUGAAAGCCAACUACAGUAAAAGCCGCUUUGAAGAGCUCUUGGAACUGUUUAACCACUACCACAAGCUGUCUGAGAUCCUGAGGGAGAAAUCUGGAAAGGGUCGACUGCCCCCACACAAAACCCCCCGCAGUUUACUCUCUCUGGGCUUCAUAUCCACUCUCCUCACUGCGCUCUUUAGGGACAGCUCUCAGAGCAGAGAGGAGGCUCUCUCAGUGCUGCUUUCAAGUGGUGAAUUUGUGCGUUAUGCAGUAAGUGUAGCUGUACAGAAGAUUCAGCAGCUGGAGGAAACUGGACACACUGACGGCCCAGAUGGACAAAACAUAGAUAGAACUUUCCGCUUCCUCUGUGACAUGACAAGUGUACUGAUGUGGCGAUACACCAAUGUCCCCCGUAUAGUAGAGGAUGCAGGGAAGAAGGAGAAGCGCUCCAGCCUGUCUCUGCUGUGUCUAGAAGGUCUACUCAGGAUCUUCACAACCUGCCAGCAGCGCUACCCAGACAAGAUGGCCCAGCUCCUCUCCAACAUGGACAUCACAGAGGAUGAUGCUGAGCCAGAUGACAGAAGUGCUACAGAGAUGAAUUUCUUUUACAUCCGACAGUUUCAGAGGGCGCUAUUUACUCAGUUAAGUGGAGGUGAGGAGGACUUCAACAGCAAAGAGGCCCAGCUGCUGGUCAACAUCUUGAGUGUGCUCUCGCUGCAGCUAAAGCCCUCCUCCCCACAGUUUGUUCAGAUGAUCACGUGGACUGUGAAAAUCUGCAAAGAGACCAGUUUGGAGGAUUCCGCCUUUUCCAAGGGACUGCUCUCUCUUCUCUUUAACCUACAUGUUCUCUAUAAGAGUCCUGUAAGUUUGUUGCUGGAGCUCUGCCAAGACAUCCACAGUCAGCUGGGGGAUACUGACCAGGAUGUGGAAGUGGAAAAACAGUCUCACUUCGCCAUUGUCAACAUGAAGACUGCGACAACAGCAGCACUGUUGGUGCUGUCUCAGGUUGACAGAGUGCUUGAUGAAGUGGACUGGCUGAUUGCCAGAAAGAAAAGUCAGAUGACCUCAGGCAAAUCUGGCUCAGGUAGAAAGUCUUUUACACUGAUGCACACUCUGUGGUGGCAGGAUGCAAUAGAGAAAGCUGUGACACUGCAACUUGGGACUCUUUUGACAGCACUGAGCGAGCUGAUCCAGACGGCCCUGCUUCCUGGCACCUGCAUUAUUACGCUGCUGAGAGAACUGAGCCGCACAUACACUAUCCUCACCACCCUGGUCAAAUAUUACAUACAGGUGUGUGCCAGUGAGCACAGUGCACUGCCAGCUCGCUUCGAAAAGCUUGUCAAGCUCUCUGGAUCCCACCUAACACCACAGUGUUACUCCUUCAUCACAUAUGCACAGAGUGGAGAAUUUAGUGGUGGAGGUGCAGAUGAAAAGAAGAAGAAGAAAAGGAAUGAAGUGAACACCACUGCUUCUGCCAAACUUCUGCGUGAGACAAAGGCCAUCCCUAACUUGAUCUUCAGCAUUGAACAGUAUGAGAAAUAUCUAAUCACGCUCUCAAAGAAAUCAAAGGUUAAUCUGAUGCAGUACAUGAAGCUGAGCACCUCAAGGGAUUUCCGCAUCAAUGCUGCUACUCUGGACGCAGCCUUGCAGGAGCAGGACAACAGUCAGGAGACCACAGAGUCGCAGGAGACACAAACUCAAGAACCCAGACACAAGAAGAGGAAACAGUGAGCUGACAGAGGGCUCCCCGUGUUGCACAUCUCCACAAAUCUCUGCUCAGUUGAUCUCGAAUUUGCUUGACUGCUGAACAGCUGUGUGUUUGUACAGCUUGGUCCAAAAAUGGGCUAUUUUCCUUUGUUCAGAGAGCCUUGAGUGAUGUCAAUGACCUGGUAGAUGUCCAAGGCUUCACCUGCGGAAAGAUUUGUUGUUGAACAAGCUGUUUGUGUUCCUGUAGUUCACUUUAUUCAGAAGAAAGAUUUAUUUUUUAUGUGACAUAUUUCUCAACACAGUAAAUAGAUUUCUUUUGACUGAUACUAAAAUUCAAUUUUACAUUAUUUGUAGAUUUGAAGGACUAAUUUCAUGAGGAUUGCUUUGUUAAGAUACAGGCCACUGCUAAGGAUCAGUUAUUUAAAGUAGUACAGUUGUUAAGUUCAUGCUAGUUGACAUAACCGUACUUUAUCAUUCCUCAGCUACACUACUAAGGGAAGAGGUGGAUCUCUGGUUUCUCACACACAAGAUUUUCAGUACCAGUUUGUCAACUGCUGUUUUAAAAUAAAUAUUCUUGCUUAUUCGGUUUAUUUACACUUUUAUAGU